AAUUAUGCAUAUCUAAGUUUCAUUUUUUAAAUUAUAUUUAUAAAAAUAUGAAUUUGUAUAAGUAUCCAUAGUCUAGUGGUAAUUAUAUGAUAAUGCCAACACUGUUAUAAUUGGAAUUAUUUCUAGAACGCGAGUUUUACCAAAUGAAGCAGUGAGUGUUCACAUAACAAACAAAGUCGAUUGUUAAAUUAACUAUUCCUUGUGGUAGUUGACUAUAUACUGCAGAAUUAUUUUGAGUGAACAUUUGUAAUAUCUUUAUGUAAAACCGAGAGAAAAGAAUUAUGGUCUCGGUGAUGCAACCAUUCAUGGAUGUUGAGAGUUCGAGAAGUUACAUCGAUGAAUUAUACUCGUUGGAUCCUCAAAAAUGCUUAGAAGCUAUUAUAUGCCUAAAAAAUUCUGUAAUUGGAAGUAAUAGACAAAAAGGAUCUGUAAUAGCACAAGGUGUAGUACCUCGUUUAUUGCAACUUCUUGGAGAUACAUCAGACAGAAUUGGAGAUAAUAUAAGGCUAGAGGCUGCAGUAACUUUGGGUUCUUUAGCUAAAGGAACUGAUCAACAUGUACUGGCACUUAUAGAUCUUGGUGUAGUGCCGUUGCUUUUUCAGGUUAUAUUAUCUACACCUAUCAUAGAAACGCCAUUAGAAGGAAAGCCAAAAAUAACAGAUUUAUUAAACGAGGCAUGCUUACGUUGUUUGAGAACAGUAUUUCAACAUCCAUCAGCACCGGUUCAUUCAAUAUAUCAGGAUCCUGCGCUAGUGCCAAGAUUGGUAUCAUUAGCAAAUCAAUCAGUCACUUGUCAAAUUUGUGUAGCAACAAUUUUAACAACAGCAUGCAAGACAACAGAAGAGCAAAGUGCUUUAGCCAAAGGUGGUGCAGUAGAAACAUUAGCAAUGCAGUUGGAUUCUCCAUUACCUGAUGUUCAAUCAUCAGCUCUAGCAUGCUUGGCAAAUAUGUGUUAUAAGAAUUAUGGGGUAUGUGUUACAGUUGCAUCGGCAACUACCAGUAACACACCACAGGGUAGGCUUGUACCUGUAGCAUUAGGACAAUUAAUGGGCCGUGAGAAAAGCUCGUUAAUUCAACUUGAAGCUGCAAGAUGUGUUACAUAUAUGCAUAGAACUGGAGUUCUGGUACACAAAGAUCCUAGAAUUAUAUACCGUGCUUUACCUUGUUUGGUACGACUUUGUCAUCGAGAUCAUCCGCCUCGUGAAAGAGUAGCGGCGGCAGAAACUUUGGCUUUCCUUACUGAAGUUAAUACCGAAUUGCAACGUCUAGCUUCCAUUAGUAAUCAUUUAAUUCCUACUCUUGCAGAAUUAUUACGAUGUCAUCCACAUUGCAAGAUUGUACUUGCAAUGGCACAGCUACAGGAUGCAACAUUAACACAAGAUAUGCGACAAGCUGCAUUCAGGGCAUUUGCAUCCCUUGGUGCUAAUGAUGAAGAUAUUAGGAAACGUAUCAUCGAGACAGAAAGUCUUAUGGAACAAGUAGUGGCAGGACUUCAGGAUCCAGGAGGUUCUCACGUACGUUUAGCAGCAGUUAGAUGUCUUCAUUCUCUUUCUAGAAGUGUUCAGCAACUCCGAACAACGUUUCAAGAUCAUGCUGUUUGGAGGCCCCUUAUGCAAUUGUUACAUGGUGCAGAUAAGGGAUUGGAGGGUAGAGGCGAAAGUGAAGUUGAUUUAUUAACUGUUGCGUCGAGUACUUUAUGUAACUUAUUGUUGGAAUUUAGUCCAAGCAAAGAACCGAUUCUUGAAUCUGGAGGAAUAGAGUUAUUGUGCUCGCUUACAAAACGAUGUACACCGGCAUUGCGAUUGAACGGAAUUUGGGCAUUGAUGAACGUGGCUUUCCAAGCCGAACAGCAAGUAAAAUUACAAAUUUUACAAUGUCUGGGAACAGAUCAAAUCUUUUGUCUUCUGGCAGAUCAAGAUAUACCAGUUUUGAUGAAAACAUUAGGUUUAUUACGAAACUUGCUCUCUACAAAAGCACACAUAGAUCGUAUAAUGGGAGAACACGCUGCUCACGUUAUGCAAGCUGUUAUAUUAGUUUUAGAAGACCCAAGGCAUCCAGCAGAUGUAAAGGAGCAGGCACUCUGUAUUUUAGCGAAUGUAGCUGAUGGAAAUCGAGCAAAGGAUCAUAUUAUGGCUAACGAAGAUGUGCUUAAAAAACUUAUGGAUUAUAUGAUGCAUAGCAAUGUAAAACUGCAAAUUGCCGCAGUUUUUUGUGUGUGCAACCUAGUCUGGAGGGAAGAACCUGGUGCUGCACAACGGCAAGCACGUUUAAAAGAACUGGGCUUUUAUCGUAUUUUGCAACAAUUACGUCAUAGCAAGGAUCUUCAAUUGUUUGAUAAGGUCAGAACGGCUAUGGCACAAUUUUAUGAUGCCUAAAUUCCAGAUGUGUUAUUGAUGAAAGUUAGAUUUUGAUUUAGAUUUCUUUUAUACACGAAAUACAAUUAUAUUUUGGUGUUAACACUGUGAUUCUGUAUUUCGUUGAUGCAUAAGCAUUUUAUAUUUAUAUAGAAAAGAUACAAAAAACAAUAUCCCUGACGAUGUAA